AUGGAAGAAGAUUACACUGCUCUAAUGAGAAACCAAACUUGGGAAUUGGUUCCUAAACCAACCAAUGCAAAGCCAAAAUCUUGUAAGUGGGAUUAUAAAGUCAAACGGAAAGCUGAUGGUUCAGUAGAAAGGCUGAAGGCUCGACUUGUUGCACGAGGUUUCUCUCAAGAAUACGGGCUCGACUACGAAGAAACAUUUAGCCCUGUAGCAAAACUAACCACAGUGAGAGUUCUACUGGCCUUAGCUGCUAGUAAAGGAUGGAAUAUGUGGCAAAUGGAUGUGAGUAAUGCAUUUUUAUAUGGAGAACUUGAUUGA